CAAAGAACGGAUGUGAAAUUUCAAGAUUCUCAAAAAUUUAGUGAAAAACUUGUUGUAUUGAGGCAAACUUUUUUUUUAAAUCAUGAUUUGUAAGAAUUAAUCCUAGUGGAAGAGACUCAACUAAAAUCUUUUCCGUCAGAGUGUUUUUAAAAGGGAUUCAAGAACAGCAACGCAGAAAUCCGCCCACACAGAAAAAUCUUCUCAAAAUUCGGAUUACGGCAAAACAGUUCAUCUUGCUAACUCAGUUCUCGUCAAGUAGGAGAGGAUAGACUGCUUGUUUACAAUCGCAGAUUCGCCCCACUGAACUGUUACUACGGAACUUAUAAAACAAACUUCACGCUCUUUUCAUCGUUAUGAUCCUCGCCGGAAGCAGCAGCAUGGGCGGUUCCACGACGUCGGGACCGCCCGUUCCGGCCGGCUUGCCGAUUCCGAGUGCGGCCAACAAGUGGAAGCGGAUGCUGGAGUGUGACGAGUUUGUGGGCGCCCGCCGGUCCAAGCACACGGUCGUGGCGUACAAGGACGCGAUCUACGUGUUCGGCGGGGACAACGGCAAGAACAUGCUGAACGAUUUGAUCCGGUUCGGGGUGAAGGACAAGUCCUGGGGGAGGGCAUUUUCCACAGGGACGCCACCGGCUCCGAGGUACCAUCACUCGGCGGUGGUCCAUGGGACGUCGAUGUUCGUGUUUGGCGGAUACACCGGGGACAUUCACUCGAACUCGAACUUGACCAACAAGAACGACCUGUUUGAGUACAACUUCCAGAACGGGCAGUGGACCGAGUGGAAGUUUGUGGGGAGGACGCCGGUGCCACGGAGUGCGCAUGGGGCGGCCGUUUACGAUAAUAAGCUGUGGAUAUAUGCUGGAUACGAUGGGAAUGCCCGGUUGAACGACAUGUGGACAAUCCGGCUGACCGGAGAAACCCACCAGUGGGAAGAGGUCCAGCAGAAGGGUGAAUGUCCUCCGACGUGUUGCAAUUUCCCGGUGGCCGUUGCCCGUGGCUGCAUGUACGUGUUCUCCGGCCAAAGUGGCUUGCAAAUAACCAACACACUGUUCCAGUUCAACUUCAAGGACAAAACAUGGCGUAGAAUCUCAAAUGAGCACAUCCUUCGGGGAGCUCCUCCACCGCCAGCCCGUCGCUAUGGCCACACCAUGGUCCACCAUGACCGGUUCCUGUACGUGUUUGGCGGUGCCGCAGACUCGACCCUCCCGAACGACCUCCACUGUUACGAUCUGGACUCCCAGGUCUGGUCCACGGUAAUUCCCGCUCCGGAAUCGCAAGUCCCAAGUGGCCGCCUCUUUCACGCGGCUGCCGUUAUCGGUGACGCCAUGUACAUCUUCGGCGGGACGAUCGACAACAAUGUGCGUAGCGGAGACAUGUACCGGUUCCAGUUCUCAAGCUAUCCAAAAUGCACGCUUCAGGAUGACUUUGGCAAGUUCCUCCAAAACCGACAGUUUUGCGACGUUCAGUUUGUCGUCGGAGCGGACGAGGCGAAGGUUUCUGCCCACAUUGCCAUGAUUGUGGCGCGGUCGCAGUUUCUGAGGGCGAAGAUAUUGGCUGCGCGUGACGCCAGAAAUCUGCACUUUGAGAAGCUGUUUGGGACGACGGAGGUGCCGUUUGCGGAGCGGCCGAUUCUGGAGGUCAAGUUGCCGAAUGCGCAGCCGGAAGCGUUCGAGAUGGUGCUGAACUACAUCUACACCGAUCGGAUUGAUUUCAAGGACCCAUUCUGCAACAAGAUCGUCCUCCUCAUGAUGGACGUGUACCAACUGGCCGUCCAAUUCUACAUCCCCCGCCUCGAGCAACUGUGCGUACAAUAUCUCGAGUUCAAAAUCUCCAAAACCAACGUUCUGGACGCACUCUACAAUGCGGACCGCAUGGGUCUCACCCUGAUCAAGGAUCACUGCAUGGGAUUUAUCACAAAGGACGACCACUUUAACGAUAUCGUCAUGUCGCCCGAGUUUGCCGCCCUCGAGAAGAUGCUGAUCGUGGAGAUCAUCCGGAAGAAGCAAAACCCGAGCAAGCACUCGACCGACAUGAAGUACGACAAAACGAUCGGAACUUCGUUGGAGAACGAUAUGGCGGUGUUUUUGAAGUCUGGCGGGAAGGAGUUUUGCGACAUUAAUUUGGUGUUGGAAGGGAAGGUUAUUCCGGCGCACAAGUCUAUCCUGGCGGCACGGUGCACCUACUUCCAGGCCAUGUUCCGAUCGUUUAUGCCGGCGGACAAUACCGUUAAUAUCCAAAUCGGUGACAUUUCCCCCUCCCAGGAGGCGUUCAGCUCCCUCCUCCGUUACAUCUACUACGGCGACACCAAGAUGCCCCCGGAGGACUCGCUCUAUCUUUUUCAGGCCCCCUGCUUCUACGGGUUCACCAACAACCGACUGCAGGCCUUCUGCAAGCACAACCUAGAGAACAACAUCACGUACGACAACGUGCUACAAAUUCUCGAAGCUUCCGACAAGAUGAACGUCCCGGACAUCAAGAACUACGCCCUCCGCAUGGUCGUGCACAACUUUUCCCAGGUCGCGCGGCUGCCCAAGAUGCAGGAACUGACGCGGGAACUGCUGCUGGACGUGAUACUGGCCGUCGCGGACAAAGGGGACAAGCGGAUAAGCCACGACUCGACGUUUAUCUCGCUGUACAGCGACAUUUGAAGGAUCGCGUUUUUGCAACCGGUUCUCAGCAUUUUGCUCGCGUGGCUGAGAAACAACAACGAGUUGCCGCUG